GACUCGUUCACCAACAAACCUCCAAACAAUGGAAGAGAAGGAAGCGACUCUUUCCUCCCACAGACGCAUUUCCUUCACUUUACUGCAGCCGAGUGAAGCUGCAGGACGCUGAAGAUGGACGCCGUGGUUCUACUGCUUCUGCUGCUCAGGUCCAGCUGUGCUUUCCUCGUCUCUCCAAGCGCCAACAUGUGUCUCAUCCCGCUAGAUGACCUCAUCAUCCUAGGAUGCUGUGACGUCACUGACCCCACCCACCACUGGGCGUGGUCAAGUGCAGCCAGGUUAGUCCACACUCAGUCCUCCAGGUGUCUGUGGGCGGAGCCUGGCUCUCACCUGCAGCUGGAAUCCUGUGGGGCGUCGCCAGCGUGGAGCUGCUCCACAUCCAACGGAGCACUGGGAUUGGCCUUGACCCAUCUGUACUUGAACGUCCAGGGAGCCCAGGUGGGGCUGGGAGAUCACCUGCAGACCACAGGGUGGAGGCGGAGCUACGAGGACGCAGGAGGGAACCUGCUGUUCACGUCUUUAUGUCCAGAGACAGAUACAUCUCCAACCUCCACCAGCUUCUACUCAUCCACCCACAAACCACCAGACACCUCCACAGACACCAUCAUCAGCCAACCUCCACCUGAAAACACCCACAGGACCACACCUGACCAAACCUCCAGGAGCUCCACCCAACCUCCACCCAGGAACCAGGAGAUCACAGCCUCACAUCCAGAUGUUUCCACACACAGCACAGCCUCAUAUCCAGAUGUUUCCUUAGAGACCACAGCUUCACAUCCAGAUGUUUCUUCAAGGAUGACUGCCUCACAUCCAGAUGUUUUCUCAGAGACCACAGCCUCACAUCCAGAUGUUUCCACACACAGCGCAGCUUCACACCCCGAUGUUUACUCACACAGCACAGUUUCAUAUCCAGAUGUUUCCUCACACAGCACAGCUUCAUAUCCAGGUGUUUCCUCAGAGACCACAGCCUCACAUCCAGAUGUUUCCACACACAGCACAGCCUCACAUCUAGAUGUUUCCACACACAGCACAGCCUCAUAUCCAGAUGUUUCCUUAGAGACCACAGCUUCACAUCCAGAUGUUUCUUCAAGGAUGACUGCCUCACAUCCAGAUGUUUUCUCAGAGACCACAGCCUCACAUCCAGAUGUUUCCUCACACAGCACAGCUUCAUAUCCAGGUGUUUCCUCAGAGACCACAGCCUCACAUCCAGAUGUUUCCACACACAGCACAGCCUCACAUCCAGAUGUUUCCACACACAGCACAGCUUCACAUCCAGAUGUUUCUUCAAGGAUGACAGUCUCAUAUCCAGAUGUUUCCACAGAGACCACAGCCUCACAUCCAGAUGUUUCCUCAGAGACCACAGUCUCACAUCCAGAUGUUUCCUCAGAGACCACAGCCUCACAUCCAGAUGUUUCCACACACAGCACAGUCUCACAUCCAGAUGUUUCCACAUACAGCACAGCCUCACAACCAGAUGUUUCCACUGCUGUCCCACAGCUGUCUGCUUUGACCAGUGUCUCGUCCCAUCCAGCUGUGUUUGUCUCAGAUCUUCUCCAGCCUGGAGCUUCAGAGCAGCCAGUCUUCAGAACGUUGUGGUUCCUGAGUGGACUCCAGUCUGAUGGGUCUGGAACUGCAGCUGAGAUGCUGGUUUCUUCUGAGACGCUGGUUUCUGCAGCACAUCCAGCUGUUGGCAGCAACUCCAUCUCACCUGCAGCAGGUGACCUGAUGGAGGCUCCGCCCACUAUUCCAGGCUCCGCCCCCAACCCAAAGCGCUCAGUGACUGAAGCUCCACCGACUCCAAACACUUUCAACUCUGCUGGAACCAUGACUGUUACCAUGACAACCGCUGCCUUCAGAACUAUCCCCACGACCACCAUCACCAUGACAACAGCUACUAGCGCCGCCACAGCGCCCCCUACAGCAGCUGCACCAACCACCACACCUCCAGCUGCCAUCAGCCCAGCUGUACAGCCCCCCACCGCCCCUCGCUGCUUCGCCCAGCUGAUGGAGAUCAGCAGCAGCUCUACCUCUGCCGUGGUCCGGCUAACGUCCGCUGGCGUCAACUGCAGCUUCAGCCUGGUGACCGAGGUGGACCCUGCUGCCCCCCAGGUGGACCCUGCUGCCCCCCAGGUGGACCCUGCUGCCCCCCAGGUGGACCCUGCUGCCCCCCAGGUGGACCCUGCUGCCCCCCAGGUGGACCCUGCUGCCCCCUGUGAGCCGGACGGAGACUCUGCCUCCAUCUGCCAGGUCACUGGGCUGGAACCCGGCACUCUGUACCGGCUGACGGUGGUUUCCAGGAAGGACGGCAUGAAGAGCAGCGGGUCACUGCACACAGACCCAGUUGGUCCGGACCAUCUGGAGGUCCAGCCUGACCCGGUCCACAGCGGGUCCGGUCUGCAGGUGUCCUGGUCUCGGUCUGCGGGUCACGUGGAUCGGUACGAUGUGAGUGUGGAGGACAGCAGCUCUGGAUCAAUCCUCAGAACCACGGUCAUGGACUCUGCAGCCCCCCAGUCCAUGUUCUUCUCUCUGAGCCCUGGAACCCGCUACACCGUCAGUGUGGUGGCUUCAUCCGGAACCAAGACCUCCUCACCUGUCCAGACCAGAACCGCUACAGCCCCAUCCACCGUGGAUAGCCUGCAGGUGGUGUCCUUGUCCCCGGACGUCCUCUCCGUGUCAUGGCGGGCCGGUCCCGGCCGGGUGGAGAAUUUCAGGGUUCUGCUGACAGAUCAGGACGGGGUUCUGCUGAAGAACGUCACUUUGGAGAACACGUCCUCAUCUGCUGAGCUGGACGGGCUGCAGCCGGGAACACCGUACACCAUCACCGUGGUAACAGAGGCGGCCGGUCUGCAGAGCUCCGCCUCCACACAGGUCACCACAGCUCCAGCUCCGGUGUCGGGUCUGGUCCUGGACAGCGCCGGCAGCUCCGACAGUCUUCGGGCCUCCUGGUUCUCACCUGCAGGGGGGCUGGACUCCUACCUGGUGGCCCUCUGGGGUUCGGGUUCGGCCCCCCAGCGGCGUCGCCUUCAGCCCAACACCACCCAGGUGGAGUUUGAGGGUCUGACUCCUGGACGCAGCUACCAGCUGUCAGUCAGCAGCUCAGCUGGUGGGCGGAGCUCUGAGACCAGGACCCGGGGGAGGACAGUGCCCGCCCCGGUGUCGGGGCUCUUCCUGUCCGCUGACAGCAGAGAGCUGCAGCUCAGCUGGACGCCCCCUGCAGGCGACUGGGAGAACUACAGCGUGGUUCUGAGGAACGGAUCGGAGGUUCUGGUCAAUCGGACUGUCGGUAAGCUCACCAGACGCCACGUCUUCUCCGUCCUGGAUCUGGGUCUGCUGCCAGGUCGCCUGUACAGUGCCGAGGUCACGGUGCACAGCGGCAUUCUGGGUAACAGGGCAGUCUGCAGCGCACGGAUCGCGCCCAGUCCGGUGCAGCUGUCGGUCCAUCAGGCCGAUGAGACGACACUGAGCGUGCUCUGGACCCGGCCGGCGGGACACUGGGACGGGUUCAUGGCACUGCUCAGACAGACGGAUGGGGUCCUGGACCAGAGGAACCUGAGCCGGGACGCCAUGGGGGUCAGCUUCACCGGACUGACCGCUGGACGCCACUACACCAUCACCGUGAUGACCAGCAGUGGUGAUCUAACCAGCUCCACCUCGGUGAUGGCAUGGACCAGUCCAUCGCAGGUCGGUGGGUUGCAGCUGUCCAACCUGGGCAGCAUCGACAGUCUUCAGGCCCGGUGGGAACCCGCCUCCGGAGAUCUGGACUCCUACCAGGUUCUGCUGGUCCAUGACAGCAGCGUCAUCAAGAAUGAGAGCUUGACGGCCGACACCAGCAGCAUGACCUUCCCGGGUCUGAGGCCCGGAGCUCUGUACCGGGUGGUGGUGACCACGGUCCGAACCGGACGCACCUCCAGACAGACGGUGGCAGAGGGACGCACUGUGCCAGCAGCGGUGGGCGACGUGAGGGCGAGUAACAAUGGGCGGACGGACUUCCUGAUCGUGUCGUGGCAUCCGGCUGCAGGUGAGGUGGACAGAUACCUGGUGACGCUGAGCGACGGCGAGCGGAUGCUGCACGCGCUCAGUGUGGCCGAGUCCAGCCCCAGCUGCGUGUUCAGCUCCCUGGUGUCCGGACGCAACUACAACAUCUGCAUCAGCAGCUGCAGCGGGCCGCACCAGAACCACAGCUGCAUCCAGGAGAGGACCCAACCAGGAAAAGUCCAGAGUCCGACGGCGACCCACGCGGCACGGGACGACUACCUGAAGGUGUACUGGCGUCCCGCUACAGGAGACCUGGACCGCUACCAGGUGUUCAUCAAACACAACAACAUGUUCCUGCAGAACCAGACGGUGCCCAAGAACCAGAGCGAGUGCGUGUUCACGGGCCUGGUACCGGGUCGGCUCUACACGGUGCUGGUCAACACCUGGAGCGGCAAAUAUGAAACCAGCGCCUCCACCCACGGCCGGACCCUCCCGGCUCCAGUCCGGUCCCUGGUUCUGGCGAGUCGGGGCCCAGAGGAGCUGCAUGUUUCGUGGUGGGCGGCUCCAGGAGAUGUGGAUCACUACGAGGUCCAGCUGCUGUUCAGCGACAUGAAGGUGUUUCCUCCCAUCACGCUGAGCGCCGCUGUGGACCACUGCCUCCUGACCUCCCUCACACCGGGCCGACUCUACAAGGUCCUGGUGUCCACGUUCAGCGGGCCCAACCAGAGGGCCCGGUUCAUCGAGGGCCGCACAGUUCCCAGUAAAGUGAAGAACAUCCAGGUGAGUAACCAUGGUGACAGCAGCAGCCUGCAGGUGAGCUGGACACCUGGACCGGGAGACGUGGACGGAUUCUCGGUGUUCCUGUUCAGAGACGGUCGGCAGCUCAGCCUCAGAACCGUCCUCAAACACCAGAACCAGGUGACAUUCGGAUCGCUGCAGCCUGGACAGGUGUACGACGUGACGGUCCAAUCAGUGAGCGGAGACCUGCUGAACAACCACACGGCUUCAGGACGCACAGUUCCCUCAGCAGUGACAGGGCUCCAGGUGGACCCUCUGCAGUCCACCUGCAGCCUCCAGGUGAGCUGGCAGGACGCUCUGGGCGUGGCCGAUAGGUAUGUCUUGCAGAUUAUGGACGACAGAGGCAUCCAGGUGACCAAUGGCUCGCAGCCCUUCGGACAGACCUGGUACCGGUUCCACGGCCUGACACCAGGGAAGAAGUACCGGGUUCUGGUCCAAACCAGCAGUGGGGGGGUCCACAGCCCGGGGGUCAGCGCUGAGGCUCGGACACGCCCGGCGGCCAUCACCGACCUGACCCUGAGGUCCAACAGCACAAGCAGCCUGAGCUUCACCUGGACUCCACCUGUUGGAGAGUUCCAGCUCUACGAACUCUUCCUGUACGGCGCCGAUGAUUUGCUGCAGGAGUGGCGCAGCCUUCAGCCCGGCAGCCUCCAGAGCAGCUUCCAGGGCCUCCGACCCGGAGCCGCCUACAGGCUGGUGAUUCUGAUCCACAGCGGAGACCAGACCAACCAGACCUCCACGUGGGCCCGGACAGUACCGGCAGCAGUGGGGUCUCUACAGCUCCAGACUGGGAACCAGUCCGAUGUUCUGGUGGUGAACUGGGACUGUGGUGGUGGCGACCUGAGCGGAUACCUGCUGACGCUCUACAACCCCAAUGGCUCCCAGCAGGCCAAGCGGCAGCUGGGCCCCGACGCCACAGAGUUUGUCUUCUCAGGCCUCAUACCGGGCCGACAGUACCGGGCCGAGGUUCUCAGUCUGAGCCAGGAGCUCAGGAACCGGGCCAGCACCAUGGGCCGAACCGCUCCCAGACCUCCCAGCUCCUUCCUGUUUGGCAGCAUCACCAACACCUCGGUGGAGGUCACCUGGUCCGUUCCGGUCGACUCCGACUACGAUGACUUCGAGUUGCGCUGGACUCCGGAGGACCGGCUGUCCGUCAUCAACCCAUACCACAGCCGCACCGCCGGCAGCCGCAUCCUGAAGGGUUUGUUCCCCGGACGACGCUACACCUUCAGGCUGCGCACCGUCAGUGGGCCGCCGGGCACCGCCGAGGCUCCGCCCACCUACAGCACGGCCAUCUGGAGCAGCAUCCGCACCAAACCGGAGAGAGUUCAGAGCCUCCACUGCCGCCCUCAGAGCUCCACCUCCAUCUCCUGCUCCUGGGAGCCUCCGGAGGCCGACUACGACUCCUACACCAUCGAGUGCCUCCACCAGGACUCCCGGACCCUCGUCUACUCCAGACGCACCAACCGUGACUCCACCAGCUACGUCAUCACUCAGCUGGAGCCCCACAAACACUAUACCAUCUCUGUGAAGGUGAUCUCCGACAGGACGACCAGCGAGGAGGCCACCGACAGCGUGAUCACCAUGAUUGACCGUCCUCCUCGGCCCCCCAUCGGUACCCGGGUCAGCAGUCCGGUGGUGGUGGUCGGCAGAACCUUCAUCUCCUUCAGCUUCAACUGCAGCUGGUUCAGCGAUGCCAACGGAGCGGUCAGGUUCUUCACCGUGGUGGUGGCCGAGUCUGAAGGUGUGGAGAACCUGCAGCCGGACCAGCACCACCCACUGCCCUCCUACCUGGACUACAGGUCCAACAGCUCCAUCAGGACCUACCAGACCAGCUACUUCCCGAGUCGCUGCACCGACAGCGGAGCCAACAGUUUUGACAUCAGUCUGGGGACAGGGAUGGACUCUCUGGGGGGCCCCUGUGACCAGCUGGACCCGGAGUCCAGCACCGACCCGACCCCCUUCUGUGAUGGUCCACUGAAGCCCAGAACCUCCUACAGGCUCAGCAUCCGAGCGUUCACUCAGCUAUUUGAUGAAGAGACAAAGGACUUGAGCCUCUCGUCUCCACUCUACACCGACACCUUCCUGUCUCUGCCCGUCGUCACGGAUGCAGAGCCUCUGACUGGAGUCAUUGAAGGAAUCAGUGCCGGUUUGUUUCUCAUCAUCAUGAUGGUUGGAAUCACUGCUCUGCUGGUCUGCAGGUACCGAGCCCGCAAAGUGGUGCAGCAGAGUCCAUCUGUCAGGAUGAGUGUGAGGAGGGACAGAGGGACAGCAGGAGUCCAGCUGGGCAUCAGAGGCAGCCGUCGGAUCUCCAGUCCGAUCAAGAUCAUCAACUUUGAGAGUCACUACAGCAAACUGCAGGCCGACUCUCACUACCUACUGUCAGAAGAAUAUGAGAUGGUCCAGCUCUGGGCCAGAGGUUCCUGUAGAUCUCUACCUAUCUUCAUACAGACUUCUUCUCCUGGUUCUGUUCAGGACCUGAAGGACGUUGGUCGUAACCAGCCUCUGGACUCGGCUCUACUGCCGGAGAACCGCGGGAAGAACCGCUACAACAACAUCCUGCCCUACGACUCGACCAGAGUGAAGCUGUCCUACGUGGAUGAUGACCCCUGCUCGGACUACAUCAACGCCAGCUACAUCCCAGGGAACAACUUCCGUCGGGAGUACAUCGCUACGCAGGGUCCUUUACCUGGAACCAAGGACGACUUCUGGAAGAUGGUUUGGGAGCAGAACAUUCACAACGUGGUGAUGGUCACUCAGUGUGUGGAGAAAGGCCGGGUGAAGUGUGAUCAUUACUGGCCCUUCGACCAGGAUCCGUUAUACUAUGGAGAUCUGAUCAUCCAGAUGCUGUCAGAGUCGGUUCUACCUGAGUGGACCAUCCGAGAGUUCAACAUCUGCAGCGAGGAGCAGCUGAGCUUCAGCCGUCUGGUCCGUCAGUUUCACUACACGGUCUGGCCUGAUCACGGAGUCCCAGAGACCACCCAGUCCCUGAUCCAGUUCGUCCGGACCGUCCGGGACUACGUCAACAGGAGUCCUGGAUCUGGACCCACCGUGGUCCACUGCAGUGCCGGUGUGGGCCGAACGGGGACCUUCAUCGUCCUGGACCGGGUUCUGCAGCAGCUGGACAGUAAAGACAUUCUGGACGUCUAUGGCGCCGUGUUCGAUCUGCGACUGCACCGGUCACACAUGGUGCAGACUGAGGGUCAGUAUUCGUACCUGCAUCAGUGCCUCCAUGAUGUCAUCAGAGCCAGAAAACUUCGCAGCGAACAAGAAAACCUGAGAAUCUGAUCACAGGAGCUGCUGCUGCUGAGCCCCACAGAGACGCUGUUUAUUUUUCUAUCAGUUUAAAAAGAAGUUUUGAUAAUUUAUGUUCCUGUUUGUACAUUUUUAAAUUUAAUCACCUCUGAUCCUGAUGAACAUGUAUCAUACAUGUACCAGAUAAUCUAACAUGUAUGAUACCUGUACCACCAGAUAACCUGACAUGUAUGAUAUGUGUACUACCGCAGUACUAGUACUUCUCUGUAUGUGAUAUGUGGUAUUUUUACUGUAUGUGAGUCUCAUUAAAGUCACAGUAUGCGUAGAAAAUA